AUGAUCCUGGUGGAUCCCAGGACUGUAUCUGACGCGAUCGCCGUAUCUGACGCCGUCGCCUUCGCUGUCGCUCUCGCCUUCGCUGUCGCUGUCGCCAUCGCUGCCGCCGGCGCGGUCGCUGCCGCCGUCGCCAUCGCUGCCGCCGGCGCGGUCGCUGCCGCCGGCGCGGUCGCUGUCGCCCUCGCCUUCGCUCUCGCCCUCGCCUUCGCUCUCGCUAUCGCCGGCGCCUUCGCUGACGCCGGCACGGUCGCUGACGCCGUCGCCGUCGCCCUCGCUCUCGCUAUCGCUGGCGCCUUCCCUAUCGCCGGCGCCUUCGCCUUCGCCUUCUCUGACGCUGUCAUGCUCACCUUUGGUCCUUUCCACCGCCUCGCCCAUCCCCUUGGUCACACCCAUAGUCUCUCGCACACCCUCAUGCCUGCUUUCAUCGCCGGAUCCGGCUGCCUGAGUCCCCCGCACGACCCGGCCCCCGCGCGAGCCCUUUCGAAGGGCCACAACGCCGCCGUGCGCCUCUGA